AUGAGUGCUUCCUCCAAAUUUGACAAGCAGGCUAAAAAGCAGGUUGCUCAAAACAGAAACGAAAAACUGAAAUGGAUCGAAGCAUUUCUGCAAAGAACGUUCUUCGACGAUUGUUCGGAUCAUCCGAUUCGGAGGAACGAGAAGAACCGAUACUGUAUCAACUGUGACUCAUCUGUUUGCCAAUAUUGCAUGUCUUCUUCCGACACUCAUCGCCAUCACAAGAUUCUAAAAAUCUAUAGGCAUGUCUACAAGGAUGUUGUCUCUCUUGGUUCCUUGGAGAAGCACAUUGAUUGUGCUCACAUUCAGCCGUAUAAGUGCAACAAGAGGCUGGUUGUAGCAUUGAAUCCUCUCCCUCAUAGUGGUCCGACAUUGAACACCGAGACAUCAUGCGACACUUGCAAGAGAAGGUUAGCUGAACCGGAUCUGUAUCGUUAUUGCUCGAUUUCUUGCAAGGUCAUAGCAUUUGAGAGGAAGUCAAGUGAUUUCGAUCCUCCUUUCCUUUCGAAAUUGUCUUUGAAGAAAAUCGAGGAACCAAAACACAAUCGGAAGGGAAAACCUCGAAGGGCUCCCUUCUUUUGA